GCUUUACUCUUUCUGUCUGUCCUUAUCUUUUAACUGCACACUUUUAGUUCUCAGGGGACAAUCAUAGGAAACAAUCUCCUUUCCAGGACAAAGAGGAACAUUAAGAAAACACACCCUUUUUAAGAGAUUCAGGUACAAACCAGAAGAUUGCCUUGAGUUAUGGCACAAACUCCAGUUUAGGCUUUCUGGGUUUUCCUUGCCUCUUGCUUUUCUAGGAUUUCCACCAAAAAGAAGCUUUGCAUAGCACUCUCAUCUUCUACCUCCUCUUCCUCUUCACCACGUCCCUGCAAGUCCACGUCCCUUCUACUAGGAUAUCCCCAGCUGUAUUUCCUCCAGUGCACCCUGCCCCGUGAUGGUCCCCGUGUUUCCCACAAAGCCCCCCAAAAAAUGAAUGUGACCAAGGUGGGCAGCAGCCACAAUGCUGCCCUGCCUGUGAACCAUCACUAAGGUGACGGGGGAAGAAGCAGCAGAUUCCUCAUUACCAUGGUAACUGGACGCUCCACCCUAUGCAGUGGGGCAGGAUGCUCUGCGCUCCACGCUUCUGGGUGGACCUUGGAGAGCCUGGGGUGCUGGGGGCCGUGGGGAUGCUGACCUUGGUGCUUUGUAGCUGCUCAGGUAAAGACCAGCGUGGAGGUGGAUAUAUUCUCCUUGGAGUGCUGAUGGAAACCCUGGAGAGCAGAAUAGAGGCCUUGUCUUCAUCCACAUGGACAGCAGCCUGUACUCGCUGCCCUGCAGCCCAAAGGAGAUGGAGGUGGCUGAUCCCACCUACCGCUGGGUGCGGGAAAGGGCAGACCCCAAGUCGCUCUCGGUCACUGAAGAGGGACAUCUCCUGUUCCAGCACUUCCAAGCCAGUGACAGUGGAAACUACUCCUGCACCAUCUCCUACAUGGACCACGGGCUCCCCAUGUCCCAAACUUUUCACUACAAUGUUUUUGGCUACCACAUGCCUGGAGGCCUGGAGACUUUGCUGCUCUUCCAGAGCAAGCUCUGUGAGGAUGAAUGGACCAAAAGGUUCCUGUGGGAUCUACAGGAGAGGCUGCAGCAGCUGGAGACUGAGCAGCACUGCAAGCUCCAGUUCACCACCACUUCCUGCUUCCCCUCACUCAACAACCCUUCGGACGAGUUCAUCAUCCAAGUACAGCUAGAAGUGUCCUUCUUUGGGCCCAACUGGGAUGAGCACUGCAAAUCCCAGCACGUGGAGAUGGUCACAGACUGCUACCAUGAAACAAUCCAGCACAACCUUGAACAGGUCCGGCUCGCCCUCACCAGGUUCUUUAAGGAGCACAAGUCCUUCCACAUCACCGGGGCUGGUAUCUCUGGCAUCAUCUUCACCAACGAGUUUAUCAGUUUCCUGGAGAUCAAGCAGUGCAACAUGGGCUACGGGCAGACCAAGCAGCUGCAGAGAUGUCUCGACUGUUGCAUCGUGUGCCCACCAGGGACCUUCAGCCCUCCGAAGAGCCUGCAGUGUUCCUCAUGCCCUAUUGGGACCUACAGCAUGAUCUAUGGGGUGACGUUUUGCACUCUCUGCAAGGACGACAUGAUCACCCAGGUGCCAGGUGCCAGCUCCAUGACAGAGUGUGUCACAGAAAGAACUGAGCAAGCUGUCUCCAUCAUACACAGGAUCCCGCUCCUGCUCCUUAUCAUCCUGCCACCGCUACUAGCCAUCAACUUUCUUUUCAUCCUCAGCUCCUGCUACUGGUUCCAACAAGAGUACUGGAUGUCAUCUCCAACGGCUUCCAAGAAGGCAGGAAUCUCCAGGGUGACAGAGAUGGUGACCAAGUUCUUUAGGAUCCCCAGGGAGGGCCCCAAGCCUGGCUCUCCUGCUGCAGAUGACAAUAACACCAGCCUUCUGGACACCAGCCACCUGGACACCAGCACAUCUCAGGGGAGUGACGAGGAGCACACGCAUGGAGCACCCUCCCCUCCCGGGACCCCGAACUUUGCUGCUCUGACCGAUGAGGGCCCUGCUGUGCUGGAACUGGAGGACAGGAGGGACAUUCCCUGAGAUUCCCUCCACGUGCACAAGCCAACAGCAUCGAGGGAGAGCGUUCCUACAGCCACCACUGUCCAUUUUGUGUGUAUCCCCAGCCACCCCACACAGGCCGAAGUAUCCAGCAAUGGAGAAGAGGGACACAUUUCCCCUCUCUGAAUUUGUCUUCCCAAAUAGCUCUGACUACAACUAUUUCUUUUGCUAUAAAGUUCAGCUUCUGUUAGCAUCUCUCUACAACACUGGA